AUGAUUUUUGUCCUAUAUCUUGGAAUGAUAGUUGGGGAGAUUUUUUCUGCACGCCGGAAUAGAAACAUCGAGAUCGAGUUUGACGUGAUUGAGAAUAAGAUCUGCAAGGGGUACCUCAAGCCCAUCAACUGCAAGAACUCUAGCUUCAAGGCUGUUCUAGCAUCUGACACGGGAAGUGUUUAUCUAUCAAACGAGAACCUUCCUGUAGAUACGGAGACACAUUUUUCGUUCAACAUAAGUGAGCCGAAGGUGCUGUCUAUGGUGCUGACACCGAUUGUGAUUGAUGAUAGCCAGCCACAUACAUUUGGAGAGAUAGAGGUUGAUUUCAGUACACAGUUUGACACGUUCAAGAAGGAUGUUGCAAAGAAGGUUAGUGUGGAACCAGCGAUGGCAGCCAUGACGAAGCUGGACAAUCUUUUGCAUGAGCUCAACAGUGAAUCUGAGUACCUUGCACAUAGGAUGGGGAGCAUUGAUUAUGAGCAUCGAAGGAUGUUUUCUUUUGUGACUGUAUUUUCUGUAGUAACUCUUGUUAUAUACUUCGGAGUGAAUUCGUAUGAGCUGUACUCUCUCAAGAAGUUUUUCCAGAAGAAGAAAAUGAUAUGA